AAACAAUGGGUCUCAUCAUCAACCAGAAGGCUCCACUAGCCCUGCAGUCAAAAGAGCACAGAGGGUAGCCCAACAACUUGGAGAACUUAACCAACAAGUCAAACAAACUAUACAGACUGGUAGAUUAAAAGAUGAUGCAAGGAAGCAGACUGCUGUUCAAGAAGUAUCACCUGACAGGCAUUACAAAGAAAUAUCCAAGAAACUAAGACAGGAAGCAGAGAGGGAUAUGGACAGAAGGAAACAAGCCUGGCUUGAACCAGCACCUCUGGAUGAUUAUUUGAGGAGAACUCAUGACGUUCAGAUGACUGCACCUGCACUCCUACCUCUACCCCGUACCCAUAUCACAAUGUCCCCCUCCCAGCACAAUGCCCCCGUCCUCACACCAAUGUGUGCCGAGGCUCAGGCACUACUCAAGAAAGUACAGACAUCAAAGGAGAUGCUGGAAACUAACCAGGAGACGGUUGCUAGGACGCGCGAUGAUGAACAAUUUUACCAAGUUAUCCAGAGCAUCUGUAGGGAAGGAGAUGGUUCAGACUUUACAAGAAUAAAGCAAGCUGUUGAUGAACAAAUAGCUGCUAUUGAUGCAGAGAUCAAGAGAGAACUUCAUCAAGGAAGACAUCACAUCAGCAAACCAAGUGGUCGCCAAUCACCUCCAACUAAGCUUCUUCCAGACAAAAGCUCUCAAAGACCACACCUUCUACUGCCAAAAGGCCAACAACCUCCUACAAGAAAGCCAGUUGGCCAACAAUCAGCUGGGCAAGUCCUUGGGAAGUUUGGCAAGAAGAAGGUCCAGGCGAAGAUAGACACAGGUUUACGCAAACCUAGAAAGGAGGAGGAGCAAGUAGAGGAUGUGACUGAAAGGAACAAGGAGAACUUGAGAGAAAGAACAACUGUCCCAAAAUCUCCACCCCAACCAGCUUCCAAACCAAGAAGUACACAGCAGGAUGAUGAACGUUAUCUGAAACACAUCUAUGGCCACACCCGUCUCCAGUCACAAAGGUCAACAUUGAAGGAUGCACCCUAUCUCCACUUUGCCAACCGGACGCCUACAAAGACUAAGAAGAUGGCUGCUCAUCAUGCCUCUCCUGUUCAUGCCCAAAGACCAAACAGACCGCAAGCAGAGACACUUAGGAGUGCAGGGGUAGGAACCCAAUUACCCUUUACCUCUGGACCCCAGUACUACUUCAACCCCUACCCAACGGGUCCUGGCCCCACCCAGCACACCAGUCCAGCAGACGGCCAGCUCAUCCCCAUGGCCAUACCCCUUAGAGAGCCAAGGUUAGGGGUAGGGAUGGCCCAUCCUGUUACCAUUAUCAGUGAUGGGAGAGGGUCACCUGCUAGACCGGUAGAGUUGCCCAACGUGGCAUUGAUCGAUGUCAGGAAUGAGGAAGAGAACAAGGAGGAAACCAAGAAACAGGACCUUACUGUGCAGAGAUUACCCAAUGUGGACAUCGAUUCCAUUCCAGCUACUCCAGCUCCAUCUCAAGAAAGGGCUUCCCCUGGAACACAACAACCUAAUCGGCUAGACAAGGACAUACCAUCCCAUGGCCAAGUGACUGAAGAGAGCAGACUAGCAAGUGCAAAGCCACCUGAAGAAGAACAGGAGGAGGAAGAGGAACCCUCAUCACCAGAGAUCCCUGGUAUCUCAAUGGAAGGAAUGCAUGCAGCAAGACAACCCUCCUACCACGGUCCACCAUUUCCACCCCAGCAGUUACCCCCAUCCCAACCCCCAUUAGCUGGUAUCCAGUCAUCAUCAGGUCAGCUAGCAGAGGGUAUCAGACGCAUGGAGAUGCUCCAGACAAGAGCAGUAGACUGGGUUGAGCAAGAGUUGAUGUCUCGAUUAAUAAGUGGGACUCAUCUUAGGCAGUCAGAGAGACAUCAACAGCCAAGCACCAGUCAUGAAGCCAGGCCUGUUAGUCCAUCAUCCUCAGAAAACUCGGAUCAUGUUGUUGGUGCACUUGGUGGAGGGGGUCUGCAGUUUUUUGUGGAUGCUGGACAACCAGUAGACCCCACCCUAGUGAAUAGUCUCGUCCAGAAGGUUCUGGAAGAAAAGAUCUCCCUGUGUCUAGGUCAACAUCAAAGAGAAAGGUCAUCUGUUGCCAUGCCGACUGCUCAAGAUGCCAGACAGCCUACCCCACAGCCUUUAGGCCGGCAUUCACCCAUCCCCACCCCAGAGCCAACCCCACCCGCCUCACCCAUUGUAGUUCUGUCCAGGGAGCCAUCCCCCACCCCCAGGGAUCGAAUCCCUACCCCAGAGGCUAGUGAGGUAGGGGAAGCUGAGGCAGCAUCAGGAGGAGCAGAGUCUGAGACAGAGAGCUGGAAAGAUCUCAUGAAAGAUUCAGAUACUUCCAAAGAAGAGGCAAACACUAUUGCUGCACCAGGCCCAGAAGCUGUCACAACCCCUCCCACCACCCCACCCCCAGUCAGCAUCCAAUCACCACCCCAAAUUCCAGGGGAGGAGCCCCAGACACCGGUCCCUUCACCCCCAUCCUCUCCCACACCCUUGGUAGGUGUACCCUCUGAGCCCAUGGUUACACCUACUCCUACCCCAGAGCCAAGGAGUCCGGUAGCAUCAGAACCAGAAGAGGAUACUUUCCAGACGACUUUGCGUACUCCAAGUCCCGAGCCACGUCUUCCAUCCCCUACACCAUCUCCUCUACCUGUCCCUCCCAAAGCUGCCACCCCUGCUCCACCCAGUGUGGAAUCUUCCACCACUACCGAGUCAACACCUCCGGACUCUACCAUUACGCAGACUACGGGGAGGGAUAUAUCUGAGGGAGAAUGGCUUGUCAGUGAGAGGGAAGAGGGAAGGGUACCAGAUGAAACCCUAUUUGGUGUUCCAGAGAUGGAAGCAUUUGAUGAGAGUUCACAGAGCAGUACAACCAGCACUGUCAAAGGACCAACUGACCCUGAUAAAGACCAGGAGGAACCCAGGAGUGAAGGUGAGGUUGACCCAAACCGUCUAAAGCUGACCAGAGAUCCGGUUGUAGCCCUCCUCUCUAGGCUUCGCCAAGUGCCCUCUGGUGUUCCUCAUCCUGUAGGAAUGCAACCAAGCGCUACCUCCUCCCCACACAGCAUCAGUAAUGCAAGCAGCAGCAGCGUAGGGGAGGUGAGUGAGGGACAACGUCCAAGCCUCAUGCCACCUGCUGAGCGUCUCCUCUACCAGGAGGCCUACCAGUCAAAGCCUCCUAAGGGUGCUAUGGACCAUAGAAGAUCUCUUGGUGAAAUCGGAAGCAACGGCGAAGAGCAAGAACGACCUGUCUCACCUGCAGGAGAUGGCAUCAGGACGAAUGAAGUACCUUCCAAUCAAAGCUUCCUAUCCCAUUCUCCAAAGGCCAGUUCCUCCCAGGCGAUAGUGGCACCUAGUCCGGUAGCAAGGGUGAUUCAGGUUGGAAGGCAAAGGUCUCCAGAACAGGUAGAGGAUGAGGAAGUGGAAGGAGAAGGAGACUUGGCUGAGGCUGAUAUGACUGCUGGAGGUACACUCAUAGAUAGACCAAUACCACCAAGUUUAUACUCCACCAUGCUCAGUGAUCCAGGCACACGUACCAUGACACCAGAUGCUAUGAACAUGGAUGCCUACCUCCAGUCGGGUUACCUCAGCCAAACCUUCAGCCAAUCAGAAGGAGGUGUGGGCGGAGCUACCAGCGACCUUGAAGGAUCGCGGUUACUCGGCCAGACCAACAACUCCAUCACGGGAUUGAACGCCUCUGGUGCCGUUCCGAGAGGCUCGAGUCUCUUUGGGACGAGCGGGAUGUUUUCUGAAGACUCUCUGGAGGUUGGAGCUGGUAUGAGAGGGAGGGAGGAGCGUAUGACCCAGAGAUCAUUCCAAGUUACUCUGCCCUCUAUUGCUGGGUUGGAUGAAAAGGAAGAGGAGAGUGUCAGUGAAGGAGAGGUGCAUGGAGGGGAGACAAUAAGUGAUGUCUCAGAAAUUACCCUCUGAUAUAGUAAGGUCUUGAAAUAAAAAAAAUGUCACAUUGGGCCUGUAACACAAAGCUUAGCAAACAGAUGAGUUGAAUUCAAUGCUUGACUGCACAUAAUGAUCAGUGAAAAUCAAGUAUAAAAGUCAGCAUUGUGAAUAAGUACUAAGCUAUGUGCUAAGGGCAUUGGACUUGUGAAUGUAUACAUGUAAAGAAAUUUGAAUACCAAAUUGGAGUGCUGUAAAAGUGGAAUCAUAUUCUGUGUCAUAUUUAAAUUCUUUUCAAACUUAAAAAUGUUUUAUGGCAAUACACUAAAGCAGUAACACUUUGAUUUAUUGAAUUUGUGUAUUCCUGGAAUAGUGUAAAAGAGAAAAUUUGUGGAACAGUAAAUUGUUGCCACAAAUUAUCUUAGAUAAAUUUCUUCGUAGGUAAUGUAUACCUAAUUGACUUAAGCAUUGUGUUUUCCUUUAUUUUGCUCUCAAUCAUGUUUCGCUCUUUAAAAAAAAGAGUUGCAAUCCAAUUAAUUUACAUAUGAGUGCUCGAUUUAUGCAUUGUGAGUUUUCUCUAAAAAAGAGUUUCAUCUUCUCUUGUUCAGAUUGGAACUUUCAACAAGUAGCUCAAUGACACUGUGGUCAUCCUCCCAUAGGCACAUGUGCUUUAUUGAUAGUCUUGAUAUGUUCACCUUAUCAUAAAACAAUUGGAAGUAAAUUGGAAAUUAAUUAUAUUGCAAAUAUUGUGGAAUGAAAGUUGUCAC